AUGCAUUCCAUUCCCUCAAAAUCAUUUCAUCCUUCCCCGCUCUUUUUUUUUCUAUUUCAUUCCCUCCUCACCCUUUAUUGUCAACACCACAACCAACUAUCGUUGCCACCACCCACCACCACUGUCAUCCGCCUCCAUCACCCACCUUUGCCGCCACCUACCACCGCCGACAUCCGCCACCGUCGUUGCCGCCACCCACCUCCAUCCCUGGCACCGCCAACGCCGUCGCCGCCAUCCACCAUCGCCGUUGUCACCUCCGAUUACCGCUACCACCCACCUUCGAUUAUCGCCGCUGCCACCUCCGAUCACCGCCACCGUCGCCACCUCCGAUCACCGCCACCGUCGCCACCCACCUCCUCCAUCGCUAUCAACCACCACUACCCACCGCUACCACCUGCCACCACCGUCGCCACCGCUACCACUUCUGACCACCGUCGCCACCCACCUUCGCCGUCACCCACCACCACCAUCACUGUCACCACUCGUCGCGGUCUGCACUCGCUGCCGUCUCCACCCACCAUCGUCGCCCAUCAUUGA